AUGCCGCUUGUCAAAGCGGCUGUAAUACCGUGGCGGUGGCCUGUUAUUCUGCUGCUGGAUUUACAUUCGGGACAGUCAUUGCAGCCGCUGCCACCUGUCCUGCAAUUCUUGCAUGCAACACCGCUCUGGGAUCGUGUUCGAAAGCAUGCGCAACCAUCGCUUUGUUUGCGCCAACUCCUUGAAUGCGGAAUAAAUAUCCACGCAUAG